ACACACACACACACACACACACACACACACACACACACACACACACACACACACACACACACACACGCACACACGCACACACGCACACACACGCACACACACACUUCUCACAGACAUAAUAACAUACAGAAGGGAUGUAUCCUCACAGAAUGGAGAGAGAGUUUGGCUUAUUAAUUUUCCAUGAUCAAAUGGUGAGAGCAAACAUCGAGGCGAGGACAGUGACGAAGCAGGAGGCAGAUAGACCCUGAACAGUGUUGAGAUAAGCUCCACUCCUCUUUUUUUUCCUAGUUACAGUUCUAUGAACUGACCACAGCACUGAAGGAGUAUUACAUCAGUCUUAAUUUUUUUGCCUUGUGCAAUCUUUGGCUCCUCAAGGCGGGAAUGUACGUGAAGACGUCCUAAGGAUUGGAAAAAUAUGAGGUGAGGCCUUAACAAGCAAGCCAUGCAGCAGUGUGAGACCAUCCUUUGCCUCUCAGUCUACAUUAUCACCUUCAUCACAGGCUUCCCUAGCAAUAUCCUGGCUUUCUACACGUUCAGCUGCAAAGUGUGGAGAAAGCCAGUGCCCAUCGACAUACUCCUGCUCAAUCUGACCAUCUCAGACCUGCUGUUCCUUCUCUUCCUGCCGUUUAAGAUGCAAGAGGUGGUCGAUGGCAUGCACUGGAACAUGCCUUACUUCCUGUGCCCGUUGUCAGGCUUUGUCUUCUACAUGACUAUCUACAAUAGUACAUUUUUUCUCACUGCAGUAAGUGUUGAGCGCUAUCUGGGCGUCGCUUUCCCCAUCCAGCAUUCGUUGAGACGACGACCCAUCUAUGCCGUGUUGGCCUCCAUCUUCCUCUGGGCGCUGUCCAUGAUCCAUCUUAGCAUCGUCUACAUAGUACCGUACUACAACCCAGCUGGGACAGGUCCUCCACCUAGGAAUGUGUGCUACGAGGAAUUUACAGAAGCCCAGCUGCACAUUCUGCUGCCUGUACGCUUGGAGCUGUGUAUUGUGCUGUUCUGCAUCCCACUCCUCAUCUGCACUUUCUGCUACGUCAACUUCAUUCUCAUCCUGUCGCGUUUGCCAAACAUUGGCAGACGGAGGAAGCUUCGAGCCAUUGGACUUGCCUUGGGCACGCUGCUGGUGUUUGCGCUGUGCUUUGGACCCUACAACGUCUCGCAUGUGGUGGGAUUCAUCACCAAACGCAGCCCUGCAUGGCGGGACAAGGCACUGUUACUCAGCACUUUCAAUGCCUGCCUUGAUCCACUCAUCUUUUACCUGUCAUCGGCAGCCGUCCGGAACAUGUUAGCAACAAUGGUGCAAGGUGUGUGGCACAAAAUAAAAGCAAGCAGCAAUGUUCUUGUCUGUUGGAGACUGGGAAAAGAUGGGCAUGAGAGUACUAAAAACCCAUUUCCAACAUCUGGUGAGAUUAACGUUCUUUGACAUAAAUUGUUGGCGGGAAGAGGAUGCCUUGUAACGUCCUUGUGUUAUUGACAAUCCUUUUGGGAUUCCAUCUGAAUUUUUAUUUUAAUUCCCAAAGGAACAAGCCACAGCAAUCGGAAUAAACAUUUCGGCAACUCUUGGGUCAGUGGAAAAUGCUCUUUGGAGAUUAUUUAUUUCUUGGAUAUCUUAUAAGAUGAGGAAGAACCUUGUAGUCAGACCAAACACAAUCGUGGGAUUUACAGUAAAAGUCUGGUUGCUAACCGCAAACCAGCGCUACCAUAGCUGAAUCAACAUGUUUCAACAUGUCUGUAUGUACAGUAAGUAAUGUCCAUAUGUUUCCUGCAUAAGAUAAGGGCUUGGACACCGGACCUCAUAUGGGAGAUUUAUGAUUCCACAAUACGAGAAGAAAGACAUCAUAUACAACCCAAUGUUUACACACGAUAGCCAUAUAUUGAGUUUUUGCAAACAGAAGGCCUAUGGUUUAUGAAUGCCCAGCCUUGAAUAUGUUUUCUUGUGCUUGCUUCUUCAGCCGGAAUUAAAGACACGCACUCACUGGGCAUAUUGAACGGUGUGUGAAAAAAAGGACCCUUCACCUGGACUGUUCGGUAUGAUUGGGUGGAGAUUAAGCACAGAGUCACAGUUUGUUCAGCAUUGAGAUAAAGGAUCUGUAAUAGCAGGCAAUACUUGGGUCAAUAGAACUCGCUCUUUCACCUGUUCCAUGUUAAUAUUUGCAGGUUAUUUGGUUCUGGGAAAAAUGAACAAUAGGUUGAGAGAGAAAGGGGAAAAAAAGACUAUAAAGCAAACACACACAUACACACACACACACACACACACACACACACACACACACACACACACACACACACAUAGACACAAAAAUAAAUCAGGCUUUCUAUAUUACCGCAUUUUAACUUCAAUUCAGGAAACGACAAGACCACUAAACCUUUCAUACCUCAACAAAGAAAGGAAUCAAUAAAAAGCUAAGAAAUGAAUAACAAUAAAACAUGAUACCUUGUUUUUAAUGAAAUUCUUCAAAUCUUACAGCAGAAAAGCCCUAUUAUCUUGUCAACCUUACCGCAAUUCAUCUGGUCCUGACUGAAAUUAGCUGUCAUUACUUAACAUGUUUAUUGGAGAACUAUGAGGAGUAUAUUGCUUAUUGUAAUGUCUGCUGUCCAUUUCUGGACUCUACGGCAUCAUAAAAUUUUUAUAGUACAUUUCCCUGUUGCUCAUAACCGUCUCGUAUCUCCC